AUGCAGUCCUUCCUCAAUACUAAGCGAUUCACAACACAGAAGCAAGAGCUAAAGGAUUCAAAGGACACAUGUAACCAGUUACUACAGGAACGAGAUGAAAGUGAAGAAGAAAUCAAACGUAUUAUUGGUCGGAACUCACAACUGAAGAGUGAGCUUGGUGAACUGCAUACUGAGCAUAUAGAAGUAAUGCAUCAAAGGGACCAUUUUAAGGAUGCACUCAGUACUCUCAAAGAAGAAUUAAAUACUCAUGAGAUGGUACUCAACCGCAUCACAGAACUGGAACAGGAGCUCAACUUGGCCAAUAAUAAAAUAGAACUACUGCUCGAACAACAAAAAGAACAUGAAGCAAAAUACACCCAAAGUCUUUUUGAAGAACUGGUUGCAUCACCUGGAGAUAUCGAAAAUGAAGAUCAGCCUCGUGAGCAGUUUCCGGAGUUUCAUAUCGCCGGAACUCAGAAUCCUGUAGCUCACAGUGGUAGCGACCAGCCCUUGCAAGGCCCCAGCAACGCCUUUCGCCUUUAG